UGAACUGGCAUAUAUUUACAUAGGAAAACGGCAGUUCAAUAAUCGGUCAUAAGCGGCAACCACGUUCAACCAGCGGCGACCGGUCUUAGUCAUUGCUAGGUGAAAUCGGCUUCACUGUGGGAGGGUGGUGGUGUUAAGUCCUGCAAUUCAAGAGGCUCAUGCGGAUGACCCUUUCACUGCAUUUUAGAUGGUAGUGACGCAUUGCCUUGCCAGUGUCCUCAGUUCCAUUUACCUUUGGGCAGCAACGAGCUGCUGCGCAGGCGUUGAUUUACCUUCAGCCCCACGCCUCGCACCGCCUUUGAUAGGCACUCCGGACGUUGUCGUUUGCCAGUUCUUUCUUUCAAUGCUGACAUUCCGUCGUACGUAGAUUGGCUCGCCACUACCGGUGAAAGCGCAGCCUGAGCCGCGCAGCCCAGCCACGAUUGCCUCCCGCCUGUUCUUGACCAAGUUUGCAGCACCGAAGCCAUCCCCGCGCCGUGCAGCCGUGAUGUUCGUGCAUUGCCGAUGUCGUCACUGUCCAGGGCGCGGUCAUCGUGUGCCUCUUUUGCAGCAGCUUGGGUGUCUCGCAGCACGUUCAUCGGUGCGACAAGCGCUGUCGCGACGAAUGUGACCACGACGGCUGCCAUCUGCGCGAACCACAACGGGGGCCAGUGGUGGAAUUUGGCGCCGGUGGUCCGCGAGUUUGUCGGCCGCCUCCGUGGAUCGAGAGCAGGCCUCCCUCGCCUUGCCCCGGACUCCGAGCGACUUCUGCGCCGCUGCGUGUUUGGCUUCGGCCACGCUUAGUGCCGCUCUUCGGUGAACGCGACCUCGGACUGUGAACCCGAGGCCUGAUUCGCUCCACAGGGAACCGCGGGCGUCCAGUUGGGUGCCAGGACGGCGGGCGCUAUCCUUCUGUUGAAAUUGACGAGCGCCGUUCAAGCCGUUGUGUCCAUUGAUCCAUCGGGCUUUCCGUUGCUCUCAACAAUUGACACCACAACGCUCUGCCACCAAAGUCCGCGUACACUGAAGCGCUCUUCUCAAGUAGCCGACCGAGGCAGACAGACAGAUACAGAGGGCAUAUGGACACGUACGGACGGACGUAGGGACACGGACGGAUGGAAGGACGGCACACGAGUUCGACCUGAGUAGGAUGGUACUCACCUAUAACAAUUCGCACCACUAUCAUUGCCUCUGUGCAAUAAAGGGAAUGUGACAAACUGUCGUAAAUUUGGAGAAACAACAAAUAAUAAGGAUAACAACAUCGUGAGUCCCGUCCUCGUCUCACCUCCGAAGCCAGCUGAGUCAUGGCACCUGCAACGGAGCAGAGAGGCAGCUCCAAGCCAACCGAGAAGAAAGGGACGUGGCAAGCGUUCCUGGACUUCUUCACCAAACCGGUGUGCUACAUGAUCUCUUUCUCGGCGCUUGGAAUCCUGCAAGGCUGUUACUACUCCUACCUCAUCGGCGUCAACACGACGCUGGAAAGGCGGUUUGCCUACGGCAGUCGCACGGCGGGCUUUGUCUUCUUCUCCGACAACUUCGGCCCCAUCCUUCUGGGUGUCUUCAUCGGCACGUACAGCCCGAAAAGACACAGGCCCAGAUGGGUGGGAGUCGCUGCCGUCCUCAUGGGCGCGUCGUGCCUACUCGCCUCGCUACCCUAUUGGCUGUUCGGCAAGGCGGAUGAGGCGUUCAGCAUGACGGACCCCGAGGUCGAGUCCGACCUGAACCACUUCUGCCACGACCAGGAAGAAGACCGGCGUUUCGGGGAACUCAACUGCGCCCAAUCACGCAAGACUGAGACGCUUCCCGCGCUGCUACUUCUUGUCAGCUGCAACUUCCUCACGGGCAUUGGCACUGCCGUCUACUACUCGGCGGGCACGGCCUAUCUCGACGAGCUCGUCAGUAGGAAGCACUCGGCCGUCUAUAUGGCAAUCAUCACUGUCGUUCGAGGUUGUGGGCCCUGCCUGGGAUUCAUUAUCUCAGCGCUCAUUCUCGCAAUCUACGAAGAUCCGUUUUACAACCCAGGAUUUGCAGACGAAGACCCACGGUGGAUAGGAGCCUGGUGGCUGGGCUUCGUCAUUCUCGGCUUCCUCCAGCUCGUGUUCUCCGUGCCGCUCUUCUUCUUUCCCAGACGCAUGAGUGACGAUGAAUCGGACAAGCCCAAUGAGGAAGAGAAAGAUAUGAGCAUCAGAGAUGCAUUCCACGCUUCAAAGAGGCUCAUUAAGAACCCGAUAUUCGUCGCUCAGAUGUUUGCCCACGUCUUCAAGUGGUUUGGCGUCCUGGGCUUUUGCACCUACGUGCCCAAAUAUGUGCAAGAGCAUUUUCAGCAGUCUCCUAGCGCUGCUUCAGUCUUAAGUGGAACGUUUCCAAUAGGAUGCGCCAUGGUGGCGACGCUUGGCGGCGCAUUCCUGAUGAAGACGUUUAGGCCUUCGGCUCGCAUACUUACUGCCAUCAUUUUCGCAACGGAGCUGAUAACAGCGCUGAUCUUCAUCUCGCUCAUGGCUUUCAGCUGUCCUCAGCCGCCAUUGAGAGAAAAGGGUGAACUCAGAUCAAGAUUGGAUCUCGUCAACAGCUGCAACCAGAACUGUUCGUGUGCGACCGAAGUGUUUCACCCAAUAUGCGAAGGCAAGACAACUUAUUUUUCUCCUUGCUUCGCCGGAUGCUUCACCAAAGGAACCGAUGGCACAGCGCAGAGAGGGACUUACGAUAACUGCAUGUGCGUCGACGCAUUCGACAAUGACGGCUUGGCCCGACGAGCGAAGGAUGGAUUCUGCGAAAGUGACUGCCCGUUCUUGACCUUCUACAUACUGCUGCUGUGCAUCGCCUAUGGCUUCUCAUUCAGCACGAAGGCUGCUCAGAUAGUCAUUCCGCUCAGGUGCGUCGACCAAAGUGACAAGGCAUUUGCACUCGGCUUUGCUGAAGGAGUUCUGGCAUUAUUCUCGUUCCUGCCCUAUCCCCUGGUGUACGGCUCGCUCGUGGACUCCACGUGCGUCGUCUGGGAAGAAAGUUGCGGUCAACGCGGCAACUGCUGGGUGUACGACCAGCGCACUUUCAACUACUCCUUGCAUGGCACCACUUUUAUCCUGCUCAUGGUCGGAGUUGCCCUGAACUUCGUCGUGUUCCUCUUGAGCGGUCGGCUCGGAAACAUCUACGGACGAGAGAAGACCUUCCUGGCAGACAGGAGGCGAGUUCCAGCCCCAGGAGAGGCCGACUUGAAUUCGUCAUCCCGAAGAUCCUCCAAGGGAUCCUUCAGAAAGCUGACGAGAAAUGAGAUCUUUCACAUGGUGGCCACGAGUGAUCCCGACGAUGAGUGAAAAAAAGCAAGGACUCCAGUGUGGUCCCAGUAGCAACCCUUGGCCGGAAUAGGCUGCAGUCUGCGCACACUAGAUUCGUUCGACGGAAGCAAUAGGCGGUCGCGGUUGUCACGCGAAAACAGACAAUACUCGUUCUGCAAGUUUGUUUGCUUUCAGGCCUUCCAUCAGCGAUGACUUGCUGUGUGACUUGGUUUGAGUGACAACAGGUUUAAUGGGCAUUUAGAAUCAAGCAUUGUGUUCUUCUGUUGGAUCCAAACUGCCUUUCGAGCAUCGACGCCCGCUGUCUACAAUGGCGUGUUACUCUGCAAAUCACUCCCAGUAGCACACACAUCAGUCCCAGACAAUUUACCUUGAGCAGCAAAGUGCAUCUCUCAGGAUUGUGGUACUGAACGAAACAUUAUAUACAGAUUGUGGCUUCGAGGAGCUUUGCAAUGUGCUUUGUUUACUGCUUCAUAUACACAUGCGCUGAAGUGCCUUUCGGCAACAUUUAACAGGAGCUGCAGCAGACUAAGCAAUCAUAUAGUUUUCUUUUUUACAAUAAUUUAGACGCACGCCCCCUGUCAAUAUGUACUUAUUAUGUGUAGUAUGGCUAUAAUUUGCCUCCUUUAGUUGUGACGAUCUCUAGAGGCUUGUAUGCCGAACUCGGCAUCGUCAGUAUCUCGUGAGCUUCAAUUUCGGUAGCGCCUGCAACAACAGGCCUCUGUGACUGUUUUGCUUUUGUGUUAAUGAUGAUAUCAAAAGCACCGAUGUCAGAAUUGUAUGCCCUGUCUCAGUCUCUGUUCUUCAAGUUCGCAUUCUAAAAUCGGACACUCAUGCCUGACACAGCAGCCUUUUAUAUGUGUAAUCGCAAGACUAGCGAUCGCAUGUGCGAUUUUGAUAUAUAUAAAGUAUUUAAACUUGA